CUCCUUCACUUGAUUUUUGUAUUCUAAUUUCUCUCUCCUUCUUACAGUCGGCUUUCUACAUGUCCCUUCACAGCACCUGAUGAUGGGAACUUCACCUCAAAACAGCUUGUGCUAUAGACUAACCAAAGCAGAUAUAUAUAAGGUACAAAUGUAUCCUGCAUUCCUGUUAGUCAAGAUCUGCUUAACUGUACAGGCAAGAUAUUGCCUCAUACAUCUUGCUUUACUCAUCAACACUUCCUCAUUUAAAACAAGAACUGUUUUCAGCUCUCGCAAGCGGAGGCUCAAGAAAGUCACAGACAUGUCAGUCAGUUAAGUCUUUUGUAUCAUGCUGAAAACUGUCAGUACUAAAGGAUCCUGGAUGUGGUGGCCUCUUUAAACUGUUUCACAAGUCUUGUGCAUCUGGGAGCAAGGCAGUGAGGAGUGAAAGCUUUUUCUGCUGUAAGUGGCAUUAUGCUGGAGAGAAAAGAAAGAAAGUGACAGUCUCCAGAUAAAGCAUUUUUUGAUGCCACUCCUUUUAGGUUUUGUUCUGGAGAAAGACAUCAUCAGACAAGACUGCUGGAGAACCAGUUGCAAGAUCAAGCCACUGAAGCACAGGAAGACGCACAGGCCUCUGGCAGAACAAUUUUAACCUCCCAGGACACUCCAUCUCUGACCUGAGGGUGGCCGUUUUCAGGCAGCAAGCCUUUACAAACUGACUUGUACAGGAAACUGAGGAACAAGAAAUCAUCCACAGACUGGAUUAUGUUAAAGGCAACACCAUUCUCUGAGGAGGCACACAUGGAGAAGUUAAUGAAGUGAGAGAUUUUGCAGCAACUGGUGCAAAAAUGAAGAGGGCAGGUGUCCUUCACUUGAUCACCUGCUUACUACUGUGGUUUGUACCUGGUGUGGUUCCUCAACCAACUUUGUGCCAAGCAAUCAAUGGAGACACUGCUAUUCUGCCUUGUGCCAAUCAGACAUCUGAAAAACUGAACAUGAAGAAGUAUUCAAUAUACUGGCAGGUUGAGUCAUCGGUAGUGCAUUUUUUUCAUAAUGGGGCAGAAUCACUGAACAAUCAGCUUAAAAGAUAUCAGAACAGAACCAGGCUCUUUCUGGAUCAGCUGGAACAUGGUAACUUUUCUCUAAUACUCUCUCAAGUUCAGCAUGGUGAUGAAGCUGUGUAUUUCUGCAUCUACAGAAAUGGAGAGACCAGAGCAAUAGGGAAGCAUGCAGUUAGACUGAAUGUCUCAGAUAUCCAGCCAAUAAAAGGAAAUUCUCUUUACCUUGGUAAGUUAUACACUACUGAAAAAGCCAUUGGGUCAACCUUCUCAUCAUCGUAAUUGCAGCAGCAAUGCAAAGGACUCAGAUAUGUUUGUUUUUUCUCUUCACCUCCUGGUGGUAAUAGUGGCUUGGAUUUUACAACUGUGAAUACAAACUUUCAUCUUCAACAUUCUCCCAGAGAGUGACUUCAAACUGAACCCUUCUGUGUGGUUGACUAUCACUGUUCCAGAAGCCACAAAUGAGGCAUUGAUACUUGAGAAAAAGGUCAGACUUUAGGCACCUGCAUCCAUAUUUUGGUGCUCAAACAAGAGGCCUGAAUCUUCAGAGACAGCAAGCAUCAGAGAUUAUGAGCAUGGCUUUUCUUUCACCCAUAUUUGGGAGCCUAACUUUAGCCAUCUGCAUGUGAAAAAAUUGGUAAUGGUAUUUCUCUUGUGCUUUUGUUGUAAAUACUAUUUCAAAUUACUGAGUCUUACAAUACUGUCACAUUAUAAAUUUUUUCCUUACUGUGGUUAUUUUGCAUAAGAUUCCAUAUGUUUUGCAAAGAGAGAAAUGAAAGAGAAAAGGUAGCUGCUCUGCAUGUCAGAUAAAAAAGUGGAAAUAGCAGAGUUGGUUGUGAAAAUCAAGAGUGGAAACACUGUCAAAGGAAAUUUUGAGGCUGUAUAAUUGUCGCUCAUAUUUCUACUCUUUUAUGUGUCUAGGUUAUCUAUGAUCCCUCCUUCUCCUUCAAAAAGAAAUACUCUAUUCACUCAAUAGGAAGAGAAGUGAUGGUGGAAGGCAAUGAAACAUUUAAAGCAUGUAAGUGCAGAGGCAGAGAAUCCCACCAACAGAUCCACCAGACUUUAAGAGAUGUAAUCUGGCAUUUUCACCCCCUCUUCCUCAUAGAACAUAAGUUAAAUACAACCAGUUGACAAAAGUCUGAAGUUCUACUUGGUCUGGACACAAGCAAUCCCAUGACUAUCAACACCUGGUUACUAAUUCAUAUAGGAUAUAUUUAAACAAACAAAACAGGAAUACAGAAUGAUUUAAGUGUCUGUGGUUUAGGAAUGAUAAUUGUUGUCUGAAUUGCACUCGUCUGUUCUUUGGAAUGCUCCGUGCAGGAAACUAAAGAGGAUAUCUCUCCAUGUUUAAGGUCGAAAUUAACUUCCUAUUGAUUAACUUCCUAUCUGGAGCUGGACUGUUCUCAAUGGUGGCAGAUGACAGAACAAAGAGCAAUGGUCUCAAGUUGCAGCAAGGGA